GGCAACGCCGGGCUAGCUCAGGAGGCCCAGGGCUGGGUUCGACCCAAUGCCCGCAGUCCGCACAAUAAAAUAUCGGACAAUUCGGACUCUCGUCACUGACAAAACUACCAUCCCUAAACACAAAACAAAAGUAAACAAACGACAAAUAUACACUGACGACACUGCCGGAACAAAUUGGUGGCAUUGGUGUUAUCGCCACAACGCACCCACCCAUCCUGUGAUGCCUCCUGAGUGUCUCGGGGCAUCACCCAUCUCCGGCGGACCGGAGCCUAUUCCAGGCGGUCUGGCGACCGGCCCAUCUCCCCCCAGGUGGUAUUUCUCCACUCCCGGCGAGAGCGUGGCCCUAGCCAGGGAUGCGCUUGCGCUAAGGCUGCGCUGUUGGGGGACUUAA